GGAGGAUCGAGUACAACCAGCACCUCCCCGUUCCUUGACAAGUUUCCUAGAAUACCCGCAAUGGCAUCGCUUCACCAACGUCUUCCGGCAGGAGUCUCCCGUACGGAAGGCUGAGAGGCUACUCAACAAGGAAGGUUUCGAGAUGGCGUCGGGAUGGUGGGCGCUUUCUCACCUUGGCGCUCUCCGCCCUCCUUUCUCUGCCACGGGGACUGUAAUCGGCCAACACGUCACAACGUUCGACUCCGUCAUUAUCAAUUCUUGGGGUCGUGUUCGUAUCUCCUGGCCAAAGACUUCGUAGGCGGUGAUUUUGAAGUCAUUGGUGAGUACGAGAGCGUGGGCGGGCUGAUGAGGCUGAAGUCCGUGGUUGUGCGCGGACAGGGGACUGACGUCACGCUGCACGUGGAUGGAACUGUGGAAGAAAGGAGUGUGGCAGGACAGGUGCUCUCUGGAGGCGAGUACUCAGCAGUGGCCUUCGGAGGACUCUUCGUCACCUGCAGCAAGAACACGCAGGGAUGUUCGGUGACUGUGAGCGGGAAGUACUUCGGAAGACUGGCCGGCCUGCUUGGGAACUACAACAACGAGCCGGCCGACGACUGGCGAGGUCCGGACGGGACCGAAGCCUCGGCGAGCACUUGGUCCGUGUCUCCCGAAGCUUGCUAUGAGGCGAACCAGGCUAUCCGGGUGAACGAGCUCCGCGAGGCCGAGGAGGGCGUCGAGGAGUGCUCCCGCAUCUUCCUCGACUCCGACAGCAGAUUCAGCAACUGCUUCGAAGCGGUGGACCCGCGGCCAUACUUCUGGCACUGUGUCAAUUCCUUUAACCGGCCGGAGUUCGAUCUCGCCAACGCCAACACCGUCUGCAAUGUUGCAUCUGCUUAUCGCACGCAGUGUCUCAACCAGAAAAUUAGUUUGCCGAGUUUGAUGGAGUGCGCUGAAGUGGAGCCAGCCGUGUUCCUGGAGAAGCCGGUGCGCCCCAUGGCGGAGAGUCUGGUUCCCACGUGUGAUGCGGGCGGCGAGGAAGUGCCCCUCGGGUGGAGCCAGCAGUACGAGGCUGUGUCCAAAGGUUCAGCCGAUGUUGCGCUGGUCAUAGAACUUGCUGCUUGCCACAAGGGGAAAGACAUGCAGAAACUCUUCAAGCUUUUCAAAGUCCAGAUGAAGAAGGCUGGAGCUCAGGAUGUCCAGUAUGCCUUAGUGACAACGGCUGGCAGAGACUCCAAUGUGUCCUCGUUCAUGACGGGCGACGAAAUAGAGAGCCAGCUGUCAGGCCUUUCCUUCGAGGGCGCCAAAUCCGCAGACAAAGGAUAUUCGGCCGUUUUAGCUGCUGCCAAGGAACUCAAAUGGCGCCCAGGGGUUUCCCGAACGAUUCUUCACCUCUCCUGUCAGCCCUGUGACAUGGGCGAAAAUCUCGAGCAGGUCCUGAAAGAGCAUGACGUCACUUACCACAUUGUUACCAAGAUCAAAAUCAAUGUAGAAGGACCUAGUGAAAAGCGAAGCAAGGUCAUGGCCUCCAAAGUGUUUGGAUUUGACGAGAAAUUUGUAUACACUGUCGGAGACUUUGCAACUUUCCGCGGCAACACUAAGAUUCGGGCCAUGAUGCAGCAACCGGAAGGAGUGUGCGUUGCAGCUGCGGAGGGCUCUGGAGGCUCGGUUUUCAAUGGAAAUAAGUGGGUGACCAGCAAAGCGUUGUUGGAGAAGAAAUUCCUCCGAGUAAUGGCACAAAGGGUGUCGAUGAGUACAUCAGCCCCUGAAUGCCAGGAGUGCCAGUGCACAGGAAGUAGCCGUGGCACAGUGGUGAAGUGCUACGAAUGCUCUGAAGCUCCCGAUAUGUCAGAAAUGAGCCCGCUCGACUUCAUCACGCCAAGCGCCUCCAAGUCCGGAGGCGACAUGGACGCCGAGGACGAGAUUGAGAACGCCAUUGUCGAGGACAUACGCAAGGACUUCAAAGAACAGUUCAUAGAGGAGAAUGUCGCUCUUGAAACCUUCACGGACGAAGCCUAUUCGGACGAGAGCGAGAGCGCCGAGGACUAUUCCGAGGAGGAGGAGGAGGAGGAGGAGGACUACGAGGUGGAGGCCAACGGCGGCGAGAACUACGAUUAUUACGAAUAUUAAGCACGUCUCCGCCAGGCCACAAGCGGCUCAAUUUUGGCUCGGGUCCGCAAUGGCCUUCUGCCCAAGUCGAGGGCGACUCCUUUGAUCACGUGGGAAGACCCGGCCUAAGAGACAGGCGCUGUAAAAACUAAACGCUUUGAAGAAAUUGUCCCCUAAAAGAAUGUCUUUA